AUGGAGGCCUUUUCUGCCGAUCAGCCCCGCAAGGCCCGUCGAUCAUCCAUCUCGGAGCACAUCCACCGCGUAUUUAACAAAUCUAUGGAUAAACGGCACAGCCAAAAUGCCGAGUUUAUUCCCCCAGUUCCAUUUCUCGCCCGAGAAGCUCUCGCACAUGAGGCAGCCGACAAUGAUUCCUAUGCGAGGCACUCCUUGUACGAUAAGACUGGGCCCAGCUCACUCUCUUACUCCUCCAACUCUCGUUUGCCCUCUACCGGUACACCUGGCUCAAGUCUAUCAGUCGCAAAUGGGGCCCCUAUGGAGGAUAAUACUCCAACCCAACAGAUGACGCCCUUGCCUAACCAUCCCAAUAAAGAUGGAGACAAUAUCUGCAAAUCGCCAACCUGGGACAAAACCAAAAAGAAAGAAAAGCGUGUCACAAAACGCCUUGAAGCCGAGAGAAAGGAACUCGAGAAGCGCUUGCUAGCACUUGAGGCUGCCCAAUCCAAGGCCAACCUCGGAAUCUAUGAACGAUCCUCUCGCCGUCUGACCAAGAAACAACCGGUGGGUAGUUCAAGUAGAAGCUCCAGUGCGAAUGCAGAACGUCCGAGAUCGUCAAGUGGGUUUUCCUCGAUAUUCCGGCGAUCACGUCGGAAUUCAAAUUCGAGUGACCUAGACUUUCCAUCUGCCGAGUUUAGCCAGCUCAGGACAGAUACAAAUCCACCCUCUCUACCUUUGACUCUACCAGAAAGAUUUGGAACGGCCAUCACCCGCGAGCUACAGUCCAAGCAUGGUACCGCGUUGAACCUAUCCGCUUCGCACAGAAUGCCCAACCCAACCCAGCAUAGCCGUUCGUUGCACGCUUCGGCAAAGUCUGAUGAUCUUCGUGAGAACUGGAAGAUGGCUGAAGCAUGGAAGACAAAGGACGGACGUGAGUCCAAUCGAUCAGUGUCGGAGCAGGUUCCCAACGGUAGUCGGUCCAUUGUUGGAAACAAUGCUCGAAACAACGAGACACCAGCAUCCUCGGGCGAUCUGGAUAGAGAGCUGUUUUCCGCAGCUCUGAAACAUGACAGGAAGAGUGUCCCUGCAACAGAAAACCCUCUUGAUCGUGUGACUCGCCAUGACCGUUCCGUUAGGGCUACUAGCAUGCCAAUGCCGCAAAACUUGAGCCAGCCUAACUUUUAUCCACCUGGUCAUCUUGAUUCGCCUACUCAAGUCACCACGGCUCGUCAGUUGCAAGAGAUAACACCCCCGGAAACCCCAGAAAGUCCAGCCAGCGCCGGGUCUUACCAACCACUCAGCCCAGCACAAACAAGCUCCAUGGGGAACCUUGCCAGGAAGAAUUGGGUGGAGCCCUUCCCACGAGCAUACAAGUCGUCUCCCCUCGCGCUGAACCCUGCAAAUACAGAUGAAUCGUCCCAGAAUGAUUCUAGGAUUCCAAGGGCACUGACAGCACAGAAUCUUACCCAUGCAGACCCACCCCAACCACAGCACUCCCCCGCUCAACCGCAGCCCGAGGAUCGAGGAAGAAGCCGAUUGCUUAUCGGUUCGUCGCAUACCCCCAAACGAACCGGAAGUCGUUUCAAGGAAAACUUCCAAGAGACCCCACAGUCGACCGAACUGCCACAGAUCCCAGUCAAGAGCGAAAGACGGAGUCAAGAGAAUCGGAGAAUGCCAAUUGCGUCAACCGAUACGCUCAGAGAUAUCCCUGUCUCUCCUUUCCAGGUAGCUGUCAGAUCUCCAUUCCACACAGGAAGUGUUUCGCCCAGCGAGAGAAACAGCCGAACGUCAAAAGACCUGUCGGAUGGCACUUACAAUGUUCCUGCGAGAUCUCCCCGUCGAGCCUCUCGCACUUCCACCAAACUCCCAGGGAAUAUCCUUGCCAUUGGAGGACCUGGGGGGUUCAUACCAGGACAUAGCCGUACUUCUUCACACGCCUCCUCCCACGAUGGUCAUUCGAAUUAUGACACUGCCGAUGAAGAUACACCUGAAUCACCUGGAUUGAAACGAAACUCACUGACUCGAGUGGAUACCAGCCGCUCGAUUCCCACUGUUGAAGUGCCGGUUGUACAGGGAGUUCCCGUUAGCCCACUCAUUCAACCCAGCGCCCAGCCUAGCAUUCAACCUGGAAUCCAACCCAGUAUUCAGCCUGUCUUGCAGCAUACCCUGCAGCUUGGCUCUCAUCCCGAUACCUAUCGUGGCAUACAAUACAGCCCUCAACUUGGCACUCAGCCUGACAUUCAUACCAGCAUACAGCCCAGCACUCAACCGAGUUUCCAUCCCGACAGCCCUCAAACCCGACCAGGUCCCAUGAGUAUUCUCAAAAGAAGAUCCCAAAAAGCGAAAGCAACCCGCAAUCCACAAACUAUCGCCAAGAUCUUCGUAAUCUGUUGCCGCUGCAAGUACUGGCACGACCUACCCUCCGAAGUCUACGCGCGUCUCGCCUGCCCCGAGCGCUUAGGGUCGGAUUCCAAGCUGGGUGGAUCUCGCUCCAAGAAACAACCCGAUAGUGGUACCCGCAAGCUUACAGGUUCACGAUCGCUGCCAUUCGGUCAAUUCCCAGCCCCCCACACUGCCCAGGGCGCACCCGAUCUACGACCUGCGCCUCUUCUACCCCGCAAGGUCACCUGCUGCUGGUGUGGACAUAAUAUGAGCCGAUCUUGUUGCGAGGGUUGGACUGCUGUUGUUGAGAUGCGUGAGCGUCAUCAUUGA